AUGUCCCAAAGUGACUCGCCAGCCUUUCAAAUAAUCGCUACAAAUACUCUAAUUAUUACUAAUGUUAAUCAGGCUACGUUUCUACCUGAAAAUCUUGAAAAAUUAAAAAGUCAAUUGGAACAGUGUGGUACUAUUUAUAAAUUCGUUCCAACAAAGUCCUUUAAUCGUAUUUUUGUUACUUUCUAUACAACUACUGAUGCGAAAAAUGCCAAAGAACAUUUUGAUAAGUCAACCUUUCUAGAGAAAACCAUUCGUGUGUAUUUUGGGCAGCAUAUUUCAAUAUAUGAAACGGACAACGCACGGCAUCUGAACGUUCCAGAGCUCGAAAAAAAUUGGCUUAUUUCGCCACCAGGAUCACCACCAGUUGGCUGGAUCCAAAGUCGAGAAGACAAUCCAAAUUCUAACACUCUUGCUGAUGACCUUGUGCAUGCAUUUGCAAAAUUUUAUCCAGGUUCUAAUAAUGAUAAUGUUAAUAGUAAUGAUGAUUUUGAAGAAUUUACAUUAGAUGAUAAUAUCGAGCCAAAAGACGGAGUUACACAUGACGAUUUACAAACACAUACACCACUAUUGACUAUUAUACCCAAUGAUGUCGAUAUAGAUUAUAAUACUAACCAUGAAAGUAAUCCUGAUGUUCCUCUUAUUCUUAUUCAAAACUGGGAUGAUUCACCACCUAGUACAAAAACAAAAAAACCGAAUCUUCAAGUUUAUAAUAAUGGUAAAGCACAACUUCGUCCAAAUAUUUCCAUUCAUCCUCUCGCACCGACUCCUAGACCUCCGUUUCUUUCGACGCAUACUUAG